AUGUAUGGAUAUUAAAAAUACUAAAGAUUAAAAGUUUCAUUUAAACAAAAGCCAAAAUAAAUAAUUUUAUGACGAAUAAAGGACACAAUAAUAAAGUUAAUUUUAUCGAAAUAGGCCUUUCUUGAAUACUUCUCGAAUCUUCAUAGUGUUUUUUUUCUUUAUAAGAAUCACUGUAGUGAUCAUUACGAGAAAAACAGAGGAUAAAUAAACGAGGAAAAACACGCAUAAUAUUGUAAAAUAAAAAUAAAUUGUUGGUGGAGAGAUUCGGUAAAGUUGAAAUGUCGCAGACAAAAAGUUGUCGUGGUGUUUCACGUGUGUUGGACAAAUUGGAAGAAUCGGUGAGAUCGGGAAGAUACUAUGAAGCACAUCAAAAGUAUCGAACAUUGUAUUUUCGGUACUUAUCGCAGAAACGAUUCGACGAAUGUUUAGAAUUACUGUAUGAUGGAGCGCAAAAGCUGUUAGAGAACGACCAAUACAGUAGUGGAGCUGAUUUGGGUUUAUUGGUGGUGGAUACAUUAGAAAAGACAACAAUUGAUGACAUUGAAUUAUGGAUUCAUCGAUUGGGUAACUUAUUGGCUAAGAUUCCAUCAAAUUUAGUGGAACGCGAGACUUUACUAGUAAGUAAAAUCGAUAUAAAAACAGGAAAACAAUCCAAAAUGAGGGGUUCGGAGGAAAAAUGUUUCGUAGAAAAGUUCCGUGGAAAAAUGUUCGGGAGCUAA